AUGCUGGCCCUCUUCCGAGACUAUGAUGUUAUGUGGCCCACAGCCACCAGCACCGCGCUGGGCUGGUUUGAGAUCCUCAACGCCGGCUUCUCCAUGUUUGCGCCAGAGUGCUUCUUUGGCGGCGGCAGCUUCUAUGUGGUGUACAUCUUCCAAAUGGUGCUGCCCUUUGUGUGCGUGGGCACUUGCGUGACGGCCUACUAUGGCGCUGAGCUGGCGCUGCGGCGGCUGGACCCGCGGCGGGAGCGGCGCGUGGAUGGCGCCGCCACGGGCGGCGUGGUGGGCUGGCUGGAGGGGCUGAAGAUCAGGUGCUGGAAGAACGCCUUCUGGUUUGUCACGCUGCUGUACCCUCGCUGCGCGAUGACGGCGCUGCAGCUGUUUGGGUGGAAGAAGCUGGAUGUAGGCACCUUCCUCAAGGCAGAUUUCUCAAUCAUGGUCAAGUACCCCGGCGGCGCCUUUGUGGCCACCUACCUCAAAUACAUGAUCCCCGGCAUCCCGCUGCUCAUCCUGUACGCCGCCGUCAUCCCCGCCUUCUGGUUCGCCGCCGUCUACCUCAACCGCGGCAAGCUGGACGACGCGGUGGUCCAAGCUAAGUACGGCUUCCUCUACUCCUCCUACUCCUGCCGCUUCCCCUACUGGGAGACGACGGAGAUGCUGCGCAAGUUUGCCAUCGCCUUCAUGCCGGUGUUCAUCCCCACCCAGGCCAACGGCAGCCUGCAGGCGGCGGCGGGGCAGGUCGUACUGCUGGUGUACAUCAUGCUGACGCUGCGCUGCUGGCCCUUUGCCGCGCACGUGGACAACUGGCUGCAGCUGGCCUCCCUCACAGUACUGUGGCUGCUGCUGCUGACGGCAGGCGUGAGCAAGUGGGAGGACCUCGACGGCGGCGGCGCCACGGCGCUGGGCGUGGUGCAGCUGACGCUGAGCUCCGGCGUGGGAUUCCUGCUGGCCUGCGCCAUCUUCUUCAACGGCCUCCACCUCGCCCGCCAGCUCUCGCGCAACUGGUCGCAGAAGCGGCGAGACAGGAGGGCCUCCAGGCAGGCCGCCACCGCCGAGGCGGCCGCAGAGGUCAGCGAGGACGGCGGCGAGGAUGGUGGAGAGGCCGGCGGCGACGGCGGCGGCACGCCGGGGCGCAGCGUGGCCGCCAAGCUCAGCGCGGCGCGUGCCAGCCUGGGCCUGGCCUGCCUGCCGUGCGUGGCGGGCAGCAAGCGCGGCACAAUGGAGCCGCUCACUUCGGACGACGGCGAGAUCGCCGCCGCUGCGGCGGCUGCCGAUGGCGGCAAGGCGGCCCGCGACAGCCGCGCCGGGCUGCCGACCAUCAACGUGCACGCCGGGCCGCGGGACGAGGAGGCAGGGGCGGGGCCCCUGCGCGGCGCCUUUGGCGGCGACACACCGCAGAGCAGGCGAGAUUUGGCUGGGCCGCACAGCAUCCCGCUGAAACCCUGCUGCGACAGCAGGCCGCUCUGCAGGGCCGCCGCCUGCCCACCCACAACCGCCCAGCGCAAGCUGCUGAGGACCAGCUCCUCCAUGAGCCGCCGCUCUGCGGCAGAUGAUGCUGAGAUGCGGCUGCCGAUGGAAGGGGUGCAACGAUCCGACUCCUCCACCCUGCCUGCCUGGCCCGGACUGCCGCCCCUGGCCGAGGGCGCGCCGCUGCCUUCGCCUAGACGCGGGCCGCAGCCUGCGCCGCCGGUCCAGCAGCGCCCGGAGCUGCAGCCGCAGCUUGCAGAGGCGGCAGAGGCGGCAGCGGGGGCGCAGCAGCAGGCGCAGGGGCCGGCUAAUGCUGCUGAGGAGGCGCAGGGACCGGAUCAGCAGUGGGAGGCAGGGCAGCCUUCCAGCCACCCAUCAGCCUGA